AUAAAGUCUGUCUGAUCUCCUUCGUUUGUGCCGCGCUAGACGCUCACUGGAUGGAGGGGGGCGAUCGCUCUCUCAGCUCCUUACGUAGAUCGACGCAGAGUGCCAAGUGAACUGGGAGCCUUUUUUUUAGUAGCAGCAGCUGGGUGCCGCUUUUGCCUUCUGGCUGUAGACGGGGAUUUGGAAAGAGAGACGUAUCCGGCAUUUUACGACGAUCUGCAAUCGAGAAGAGGCUGGCGAGAGCUGUAUUUCAUUGACAUUUACUGUACGGCUGUAUGCAGUAGCGUAUGUGAGUGAACGCGCGCGCGGCCGCGCGUGUGCCGCUGGGUCUCGCGCGUGCAGAAAAAGUGCAAACCAGUCUGCGGCUUCAAACUUUGUUCGCGGUUGUUAAUGUUUAGCGGAUUCACAUCCUAAGGAAUGCUCUGACUGCAUACUCAUUUAUACAUAUAUUUGGGAUUUAUAAGUAGGACGUCUUUCUUUUAAAAUGAAACUAAGAAUGUUUUUCUCAAUCUCCACCUGAGUGUUCCCACGGUCGAGGGUGCCCGUUGCUCUUUUCUCGUCAGCCGAGGAUGGACAGUUCAGAUCCCACACGCCUCGCUAUGUUUCUGCUUCUGUUUCUUCUCAGCUCCUUUUGCCUUUUCACACAAGUGCAAGGUGCCUGUGUCUAUCGAGGGUCAGUCUUUGCGAAUAAUACAGUGUGGAAGCCAGAAUCCUGCCAGAACUGCAGCUGCUUUAAUGAUAUUGUCGUUUGUGAAACCACAAGAUGCCCGAAUCCUCACUGUGACUUUAAAAGGGGAGAACGUUUACGAAUAUUUCCAAAUAAGUGCUGUCCAGAAUGCUCUCAGAGAAGUCAAGGCUUUUGUCAGUAUGAAGGACAAAUCUAUGGACAUGAUAGUGAAUGGUUGAGCUCUAAGUGUACAACAUGUGUUUGCUCUCAUGGGAGGGUUAAAUGUGGGCCCAGACAAUGCCCUCUUCUGUCUUGCACAAGGGAGGACACCAAGUAUACACCAGCUGGAGAAUGCUGUCCAAAAUGUGUGAAAACGGGAGUUGCAUGUUCAUUUGAAGGAAAGGAAUAUCAGGAUGGUGAGGAAUGGAAUCCUACCAGCUGCAUGAAGUGCCACUGUAACAAUGGAGAUGCAGAGUGUUACAUUGCUGAAUGCCAGCCUGUUAUCUGCAAGAAGGAGGAGAAUCUGAUUAUCUAUCCUGGACAGUGCUGUCCCCAGUGCGUGCCCAACUCCUGUUUUGUAUCUGGAACAGAGUACAAGCAUGGUGCGCAGUGGAAGAAAAAUGCUUGCACCAUCUGUACGUGUAUCAAAGGAGUGGCCCAAUGCCACACACAGACGUGCAAACCACACACUUGUGAUAAGGGCCAAGUCAAAGUGUCCCUAAUGGGCAAGUGCUGUGAGGUGUGUGUUUCAUCCAAAGGCAGCUGUCUGUAUGAAGGAUUAAACCGCUACCAUGGUGAAAUGUGGAACAGUACUGCCUGCGAGUUCUGCAUUUGUGAACGUGGACAAGUCUUAUGCCACAAAGCAGAAUGUGCCAAAGUGGAGUGUGCUUGGGGAGAAGAGCUGAUACAUUUACCUGGCAAGUGCUGCCCAGAAUGUUUAUCAGCAAGCAGUUUCUGUGUUUAUAAGGGGAUGGAUAAAGAGGAUGUCCAUUCAGACUUAAAUGGUGAAAAACACCUGGCCAAUUUUGAAAAGUUUCAUGAAGGCCCCUGUAGAGAAUGUGAAUGUAGAGAUUCACAAGUGAUGUGCUACCAGAAAAUCUGUCCAGUUUGUCCUGUCGGCUCUCUUACUGUUUCAACUGAAGGGGAAUGCUGCCCACAUUGUAAACCAGUUAAGUGUCACUCUGACUGUUUGACCUGCUCUCAGAACCCUGAACACUGUGAAAUCUGCAUGGAUGAACAGAUGAAAUUACAGAAUGGUGACUGUGUACAGACUUGUGAUUCAGGAUUUUAUGAAAGUGGCAGAAUAUGUAAAGCAUGCAAAGAGACCUGUGCCACUUGUCUAAAUGAAUUUGAAUGUGAGUCGUGUGAAGAGGGUCUUUGGAUGAAAUACGGAAAGUGUGUUCCUGAUUGUGGUGAAGGUUUCUAUGCAGACUACAGGGGGUAUUGUUCACCUUGUUAUGAAUCCUGCUUAUCCUGCAGUGGUCCUUCAGAGAAAGAUUGUUUGUCUUGUGUACAUCCAUUACAUUACCUUAAAGGUGGAUCAUGUGUUACAGACUGUGGCCCAAAGUUCUACUCCAUCCUGGGAAUCUGUUUUGCAUGCGAUGUGUCUUGCCUGACAUGCUAUCCUGAUGGCCCAAAGUGCCUGAGCUGCCCUCUUGGAAAAGCACUACAUCAAGGGAACUGUGUAUUUCAAUGUCCACCUGGCUCUUACCAAAACAGUGUGGGAAGGUGUGUAGACUGCCACAGUUCAUGUUCUGCAUGCACUGGACCCUCUGCUGCUGAAUGUACUUCAUGCAUUGCAUCAUUAGUGUUACUCCACAGUCAGUGUCUACAGUUUUGUGGAGAAGGCCUGUUCUCUCAACAUGGACUUUGCAAAUCUUGUCAUCAGUCAUGUCGCUCCUGUGUUGGUCCUGAGUAUUCAGACUGUACACAGUGCAAGAAAACAGCGGAAGUUUUGCAUCCUUCCAAAGAGCAAAAUGGAAAAUUUCAUGGGAUUUGUCUACCCAAAUGUAAAGAUCAUUUCUACCUGGACACUGAUAAUUUAUGCAAAGAGUGCCAUUCGUCAUGCUUAGAAUGUACUGGAAAAAGUUUCAAAAACUGCACAUCCUGCACUCCCCCAAAUGUCCUCCAUGAAGGCAGAUGCUUACCAAAAUGCCCUGAAGGACUGUUUAGUCAAGACACCCUUUGCACUAAUUGUCAUCCAUCAUGUAAAGAGUGUAAAGGCCCUUCUGUUUCAGAUUGCACUACUUGUCACCCCUUAGCCAUUCUGGUGAAUGGACAUUGCACAACCAGCUGCUUAGAAGGACAGUACUUGAAUGACGUUGGUUACUGCAUAGCAUGCAGUAGUCAAUGCCAGCAUUGUGUGACAGACUUGAAAAGUAAUGGCAACAUCUGCCUCUUGUGCAAGAAUCCUAGUUACCACUUACAUGGAGAUGAUUGUGUCAGUGAAUGUCCUCCUGGGUACUACACAGAGAGAGGAACUUGUAAAAAAUGCCAUUCAUCAUGUAAGACAUGCCACAGUGGUGGAGUGGGCAGUUGCACAUCUUGUUGGGGAGACCUUGUUUUGACUCAUGAAGGAUUAUGCAGCUUUUCUUGCCACAAAGGAUACUUCAGCGAUGAUAAUCACAUUUGCCAGGCUUGCAAUGGCCAGUGCCUCACCUGUGAUUCUGCUCAAACCUGCACAUCCUGUAAGGACUCCACUAAAGUUCUUUUAUUUGGGGAGUGUCAGUAUGAGAUAUGUGCUCCUCAGUAUUACCUGGAUAUUUCUACUCGCACGUGUAAAGAAUGUGACUGGAGCUGCAAUGAAUGCAAAGGCCCUCUAAGAACAGACUGUCUGCAGUGCAUGGAUGGGCAUGUGCUAGAAAAUGGUGCCUGUGUGGAACAAUGCUCCAUAUCCUUCUUCCUGGACAAGGACAAAUGUUUCAGAUGUGACGAAAAUUGCUUUGAAUGUGAUGGCCCUGGCAGGUGCCGCAAGUGCCAGCUUCCGUAUGUUGUACAAGCCGGAAUGUGUGUUGAAGAAUGUAGAAAGCAGUAUUUCCUGGAUGACUUCCUGCACCAGUGUGUUUCCUGUCCAUCAGGCUGCCUGGGGUGUGAAGGAAAUCAGCAGUGCAAGACCUGUGAUGAGAACUUAUUCCUAAUGAAUGGACUCUGCUUGACUGAAUGUGGCAAUGGAUAUUAUGGAAAUAGAAGAAGUGGACUAUGCCAAGCUAAUAGUCAUCCACCAAUACUGCAUGUGAAUGGAACACUUAUAGUACAGAUUGGUGGAGUCAAACCCUUAGAUUUGUCAUUUAUGAGCAUUCAGGACCUGGAUACCAUUCCUGAUCAGUUUGUUUUCUACAUUGUUUCACUUCCCAACAAUGGGAAGCUGGUGAAGAUUGUCAAAGGAAAGCAAGUACCAAUGAAUGUUGAUGACACAUUUACAUUAUCAGAUCUGCAGGAGCAAGCAGUCCGGUUUAUACAUUCCCAGGAAAAGUCAAAGAUUGGCCAUUUCACUCUGAAAGUAUCAGAUCAGCAGCUGUUCUCCCAGCCAGGCACAAUUACUGUACAAGCUGUCUCAUUACAGGCACCCUAUGUAUUGGCAAAUGCUCCUCUUCAAAUUAAAAGAGGUGAAGCUGGUAUUAUUUCUAGUUCAUCAUUAAAUGUUCAAGACAAUGACAACCCACAAGAUGUACUGAUCAUGGUUCUUGAGAGCCCCAGGCAUGGCCGAUUGGUCCGAAUUCAUGGUGAUCUGAAUGUUCAGCAGUUUAAACUGGAAGACCUUGAGCGAUCACUGCUACAAUACAUUCAUGAUGGUGGGGAUAGCCAAGAGGACACAAUGGUUCUGCAGAUGAAUGAUGGCCAUUCAUACCAAAAUAUAGUUUUCCAGAUUGUGGUCACACAAAAGAGUGGACAAAUGCCUAGUAUGCUCUCUAAUAUCAAAGCCUGGGUUUCUGAAGGUGGUAUGCUUCAGAUUACAAAAAGAUAUUUAGAUGCGCAAAUUAGCGGUUCUUCUGAUUCAGAAGUCGUCUAUACCAUCACGCCAUCAACAGGAAAUCCAAAAUUUGGUGAAAUGAUCUUGAUAGUGCCUAUGCCAGCAGAUAGCCCUUCUGAAGGAUGGACGCAUUUGCUUGAUGGACGUGCAGCAGCUGCCACAUCAUCAUUUACUCAACAGGAUAUCAAUGAUGGCAUCGUGUGGUACAAGCACUCUGGAGUGGAAUCAGACAGAGAUUCUUUUCAAUUUCAGUUGUCAAGAGGAGGGUCUUUGGAUGUUCAGAGUGAUAAGUAUACAUUCCAGAUUGGAGUAAUCCCAAAGAUCUCUGGUGUGCCACAGCUGUCUUCAGGAGCAAGCCUUCACUUAACAGCAUUUGAAGAUCGUGUAACAGUGAUAACACCUGCUGCACUCUCAUUUGAAGACACAGAAAGUCCAAGUGAAAAACUUGUAUAUAAUAUUACUAAAUCCUUAAUUGCAGGUCAAGGUACAAUUGAAAAUAUUGAUAGACCAAAUCACCCAGCUGAAUUUUUCACUCAGGCUGACAUUAAUCAAGGGAAGGUGGUAUACCGUCCACCCAUGGCACCUUCACAUAUCCAAGAGCUGUACCCGUAUUCUUUUACAGGUCUACCUGAGACUGUGGCCAUCUAUUUUACAGUGUCUGAUGGUGAAGAAAUAACUCAAGAAAUGGAGUUUACAAUUCAUCUAGUAAAGAACCAGCACCCUCCUCCAUUUUUCCAGCUGUCAGAUCCCUUUCUUGAGGUUAGCCAAGGUGGGAGAGCAUCUUUAGGUCAGCAGUUGGCAGUGAGUGAUGCAGAUACAGCACCAGAAGACUUGAUAUUUGAGCUCUUAGAAGCCCCUCAUCAUGGUGAAAUAAUAAGAACUGUCUACAAUCAAAAGGAGACUUUAGAAACUGGAGAUGGUUUUACAUUUGAAGAUAUUAGCCGGAAUUCCCUUCAUUAUGUACAUCAUGGAUUAGAUGCUGAAGAAGACAGCAUGGAGUUUUCUGUUUCCGAUGGAAUUUCAGUAGCAACAUCUCGUGUGAGAGUGGUUGUGUCCAGGACCGGAAAUGGGGGUCCAAAGUUGGCCCCUGGCUCUUCACUCUCUAUGGAAGUUUCUGAGAAAAGCAGUACUGUCAUCAGAAGAACACACAUUGCUUACACUGAUGAUAAUUCACCAGAUGAUAAAAUAAGGAUUCAGUUAAUUUCUUUACCUAUGUAUGGGAUUCUUACAAUGACCAAAACAGAGAAAAUCAGUAAUGAACUAACAGAGUUUUCUUCUUUUACCAUUGAGGAUAUUAACCAUGAGAGAAUAAGGUACACUACAUCUUUUGAAACUGAUAACCAACCAGUGACCGAUAUAUUUCAUUUUGUUGUUUAUGAUGCUGAUAACAAUCGGCUAGAUAACCAGAUGUGUACCAUCACAAUUUCAUCAGUUCAAGCGAUGCCUCUAGUUAUUACUGUCAGCACUGGUCUUGAGGUGCAUGAAGGGGGUAAAGUGCUGCUGUCUGACAAGAAUAUUCAUAUAGCAGAUCCAGACACUCCAAAGAAGGAUAUACUAAUAAGGCUCAUUACACCACCCAAAUAUGGGUAUAUAGAAAACACAAAAGGAGGAAGCAGUGUAAAAAUAAGUCCUGAUGUGGCCUUCUCUUUUGAAGAUGUCAUCUCCAACCAUGUUUACUAUGUUCAGAAUCUCCAUAAGGACGUGGAAUAUCAUCAAGACAGUUUCACAUUUUAUAUUACAGACGGAUUAAGUCAAACGGAGAGCUUUAAUAUCAAUAUAGAUAUUCAAAACAAGAACGAUGAACCACCAAGGGUUGCUGCAAGUGGUAUAAUUGUGGAGGAGGCAUCUGGUGUUGUGAUCAGGAAUAGCUCAUUAACAUUGCUGGAUCUUGACACGCCAGAGAAUGAGCUUAUAUUAACUGUAACCAAAAAGCCUGACUACGGUAAACUUCGUCGGAGACAAUUCUACUCAGAGCCUUUUGAUAAUGGACGUGUGCUGAUAAAGGGAUCGUCUUUUACAUACCAGGAUGUUCUAGAUGAACUGAUUGUCUACACACCUGACAGUCUCAGCAUAAGAAAUGAUGAGUUCCAUUUCUCUGUAACCGAUGGAGUAUACACUGAAAUUGGCAGACUGGAGUUUACAUUGGAUGUGCAGAAGAAUGAAGCCCCAAGGCUCACUGUAAAUAGAGGUCUUCAGCUUGCUGCAGGCUCAGUAGCAAAGAUUACAGAGCAUCAUCUGAAAGCCACAGAUAUAGACUCAGAUGCAAUGAAAACUAAAUACAUCAUGACCAAGGAUCCUUUAACUGGUCGACUUCAGCUUUCCAGGAAUGGUAACCUUCUCCAGAUCUCUGUUAAAGGACCUAUUAAGAGCUUUACACAGACAGAAAUAAAUACAGGAUCUGUUGAGUACAAACAUGAAAAAGGAGAGCAAGGAGGAAGUUUUGCUUUCAAAUUUGACCUUUCUGACUCUGAAGGAAAUAAACUAAUUGAUCAAUCUUUCUAUAUUAGUGUCCUUGAGGACAAACUGCCUCCAUCAGUUACAGUUAACAAAGGUCUAGUUCUGGAUGAAAAUUCAGUAAAGAAAAUCACAACCUUGCAGCUGUCAGCCACAGAUCAGGACAGUGAGCCGGGAGAUCUAAUCUUCAGAAUAAACAAACAGCCACAACUGGGAUAUCUAGAGCAUACUUCUUCCCCAGGUAAGAGGGUCAGUAUUUUCACUCAAGCCGACUUAGCAUCCAGAAACAUCCAGUAUGUCCAUACUAGCGAAGAGGAGAAACACUCUGAUGACUUCACCUUUAUUGUCUCUGAUGGUGCUAAUGAGGUAGUACAGACAUUUUAUAUCACUAUUCGACCAGUUGAUGAUUCUUUGCCUUUGGUACAUAAUCUGGGAAUGCGUGUUCAAGAGGGAGUGAGAAAAACCAUUACUGAGUUUGAACUAAAAGCCACUGAUGCUGACACAGAGGCUGAAUCUAUUACCUUCACUAUUGUUCAAGUCCCUCGUCAUGGAAUAAUUGAGAGGACCAAUAAUGGGCAGCACUUCCGCCAAACAAAUACAUUUACUAUGGAUGAUGUUUAUCAGAACCGCAUAAGCUAUAAUCAUGAUGGCAGCAAUUCUAUCAAAGACCGCUUUACAUUUACUGUAUCUGAUGGAACCAACCAGUUUUUUGUGGUGGAGGAAGGAGAUAAAGAGAUAAUGACUGUUGCUCCUCAAAGAUUUAAAAUUGAUAUUCUUCCAGUUGAUGAUGGGACUCCUAGAAUAGUAACCAAUCUAGGACUACAAUGGCUGGAGUAUAUGGAUAAUAAGGCUACAAACCUCAUCAGUAAGAAAGAGUUACUCACUGUGGACCCAGACACAGAGGACAAACAGCUAAUAUAUGAAGUUACAACACCACCCAAAUAUGGGUACUUGGAGUCCAAAAUGAAACCUGGAAUACCCAUUACAACUUUCACACAAGAGGAAGUUAAUCUUGGAAUGAUCCGCUUUGUCCUAAAUGAGCAAAAUGUGCAAGAAACAAUGGACAAUUUCAAGUUUCUUGUUAAGGACAGCAAGCCAAACGUGGUCAGUGACAACGUUUUCCACAUUCAGUGGUCAUUAAUCAGCUUUGAACAUGCCAGUUACAAUGUUAGUGAGAAGGCUAGCACUGUCAGUGUGAUGGUGAAGAGAACCGGCAAUCUGAACCAGUACGCAAUUGUCUUGUGUCGUACAGAGCAGGGAACAGCCACCUCUACCUCCAGCAUUGGCUCCAAACCAGGACAACAUGAUUAUGUGGAAUAUGCUGGUCAGGUGCAGUUUGACGAGAGAGAAGAUACAAAAGCUUGUGUAAUUGUGAUUAAUGAUGACCACAUUUUUGAAAACAUGGAAAGUUUUAAUGUGGAGCUAAGUAUGCCAGCAUACGCCUUGCUUGGGAAAACCAUUAUAGCCAAAGUAAAUAUCAAUGAUACAGAGGAUGAGCCCACUCUACAGUUUGACAAGAAAAUGUAUCACGUGAAUGAGAGUGAUGGCUUUCUGUUUGCACCAGUGGAACGAAAAGGUGAUUCCAGCAGCACAGUCUCGGCAUUGUGCUAUACAGUUGCCAAAUCAGCCCAGGGCAGCAGCCUUCAUGCUCUGGAAUCAGGGUCUGAUUUCAAAUCAAGAGGCAUGACCAACGAGAACCGAGUCGUGUUCGGUCCCGGAGUCAGUAUGAGUACCUGUGAUGUAAAGCUUAUUGAUGACAGUGAAUUUGAAGAGGAAGAGGAGUUUGAAAUUGUCCUGACCGAAGUUUCUGAGAAUGCACGAAUAGGAAAUAUUGCAACUGCAAGGGUAAUGAUCGAUGGGCCUAAUGAUGCUUCUACAGUCUUCCUUGAAAACGCCCAUUUUGCAUUUAGUGAAGAUGCAGGUGUUGUUGAAAUCCGUGUCAUUAGACAAGGCACUGAUCUGUCUGCUGCUACUUCUGUCUGGUGUGCUACACGUCCUUCAGACCCUCCAUCUGCGAGCCCUGGAGUAGAUUAUAUUCCAAGCUCCAAGAAGGUGGAAUUCAGGCCUGGAAAAACAGAGGAGGUCUGUAGUUUGACAAUCAUGGAUGACACUCAGAAUCCAGCUAUUGAAGGGAAUGAGACUUUUAUAGUAUUCCUUAGCUCGGCACACGGAGCUGAAUUAGCUAAACCAAACCAGGCUACUGUCACCAUUACAGACACGUUCCAGGACGUGCCUAGCAUGCAGUUUAUUAAAGACAGUUAUGCAGUACAAGAGAAGACGGGGGUCUUAAACAUUCCUGUAAUUCGUACUGGAGACCUAACCUAUGAGUCUUCGGUGAGAUGUUACACUAGAAUGCAGUCUGCUAAAGUAAUGGAUGACUUUGAAGAAAGAAGCAACUCUGAUAACUCUCGAAUUAUAUUCCAAAAAGGAGAAAAGAUAAAGAAUUGCACAGUUCAGAUCAAUGAUGACUCUGUAUUUGAGCCAGAAGAGCAGUUCCAGGUUUACCUAAGCAAUCCUCUUGGUAACCAUUGGAGUGGAGCUACUGUUGGCAAAAAUGAAGCGGCUACCAUAACAAUCACAAAUGAUGAGGAUGCGCCAACAAUUGAAUUUGAGGAGUCAGUGUAUCAAGUGCGUGAACCUCCAGGUCCAGAUGGCACUGCUGUACUGAACAUCAAAGUAAUCAGAAAAGGAGACCAGAACAGGACUUCAAAAGUACGAUGCAGCACAAGAGAUGGGUCAGCCCAGUCUGGUGUAGACUACAAUCCCAAAAGUAGAGUUCUCAAGUUCAGUCCAGGCAUUGAUCACAUUCUCUUUAAAGUGGAAAUUUUGUCUAAUGAAGACAGGGAAUGGCAUGAGUCUUUUUCUUUGGUACUGGGACCUGAUGAUCCAGUGGAAGCUGUGCUUGGAGAAGUCAUUACAGCAACUGUCACUAUUUUAGACCAAGAAGCUGCAGGAAGUCUCAUCCUUCCAGCUCCUCCUAUUGUGGUUUCUUUGACAGAUUAUGACUUUGUCCAAGAGGUUACCAAAGAGAACAGCAAAAAGACACCAUCCCCUGGAUACCCCCUGGUGUGUGUUACACCAUGUGACCCACAUUACCCCAAGUACUCCAUUAUGAAAGAACGCUGUGAGGAAGCUGGGAUUAACCAGUCAUCCAUCCAUUUCAGCUGGGAAGUGGCAGCACCAACAGAUACAAGUGGAGCAAGAUCACCUUUUGAGACAAUCACUGACAACACACCCUACACCAGUGUUAACCAUAUGGUUCUGGAAAGUAUUUACUUUAGUCGGCGGUUCCAUGUACGAUGUGUGGCCAAAGCCAUUGACAAGGCAGGACACUUGGGAACACCGCUGAGAAGCAACAUUGUGACUAUUGGAACAGAAGGCUCAAUUUGCCACACUCCAGUGGUAUCUGGCACAGGACGGGGUUUCCAAGCACAGUCCUUCAUAGCAUCACUUAAGUAUCUAGAUGUAAAGCACAAAGAACAUCCAAACAGGAUACAUAUUUCAGUGCAAAUCCCACACCAAGAUGGCAUGCUUCCACUCAUUUCUACUAUGCCACUUCAUAAUCUACACUUCCUGCUGUCAGAGUCCAUUUAUAGGCAUCAGCAUAUCUGCUCCAAUCUAGUUACUCUGAAGGACCUCCAAGGCAUCUCUGAAUCAGGAUUUCUGGAUGAUGUCUCUUAUGACAGUAUUUCUCUGGGUCCUGGUUUUGAUCGUCCUUAUCAGUUUGAUCCCAAUGUACGAGAAGCAAAAUCUAUUCAGCUGUAUAAGCACUUGAAUCUGAAAAGUUGUAUCUGGACUUUUGAUGCCUAUUAUGACAUGACGGAACUAAUUGAUGUCUGUGGUGGAUCUGUGACGGCUGACUUUCAGGUAAGAGAUUCUGCUCAGUCCUUCCUGACAGUGCAGGUCCCCCUUUAUGUUUCGUACAUCUAUGUGACAGCACCAAGAGGAUGGGCAUCUCUGGAACACCACACUGAAAUGGAGUUUUCAUUUUUCUAUGACACCGUUCUAUGGAGAACAGGUAUACAGACAGACAGCGUAUUGUCUGCAAGACUUCAAAUAAUAAGAAUUUACAUCAGAGAAGAUGGACGUCUUGUUAUUGAAUUUAAAACUCAUGCAAAAUUCAGAGGUCAGUUUGUCAUAGACCACCAUACCCUUCCAGGACAAAAGUCUCACCUAAUGGCUCCUGAUCACCUAGGGGGCAUUGAAUUUGACCUGCAGAUGUUAUGGAGUGCUCAGUCUUUUGAUUCUCCAAAUCAGCACUGGAGGGCAACAAGUUCCUAUAGCCGAAAGGACUAUUCCGGGGAGUAUACAGUCUUCCUAAUUCCAUGUACUGUACAGCCUACACAGCCAUGGAUUGACCCUGGAGGCAAGCCUUUGGCCUGCACAGCACAUGCUCCUGAAAGGUUUCUUGUCCCCAUUGCCUUCCAACAGACUAACCGCCCUGUACCAGUGGUCUAUUCUCUAAACACUGAGUUUCAGCUCUGCAAUAAUGAAAAAAUCUUUCUAAUGGACCCGGCCACUGCAGAAAUGUCAACUGCAGAAAUGGAUUACAAAGGCGCUUUCUCCAUGGGCCAGACCCUUUAUGGUCGUGUGUUAUGGAAUCCUGAACAGAAUCUGAAUUCUGCCUACAAGUUACAGCUGGAGAAAGUUUACCUGUGCACUGGGAGGGAUGGCUAUGUGCCUUUCUUCGACCCAACAGGGACCCUUUAUAAUGAAGGUCCACAGUAUGGGUGCAUUCAACCCAACAAGCACCUCAAACACAGAUUUCUUCUUCUGGAUCGGAACCAGCCUGAAGUAUGUGACCGGUAUUUCCAUGAUGUUCCUUUUGAAGCAUACUUUGCAUCGGACAUCCCAGAGCUGUUCUCCUUGACUAAUAUGCCUGGUGUGGAUGGUUUUACAAUGAAGGUUGAUGCUCUUUACAAGGUUGAAGCUGGUCAUCAGUGGUAUCUUCAGGUGAUUUAUGUUAUUGGUCCAGAGUCCAUUUCAAGGCCACGAAUUCAGCGUUCUGUGACUUAUGAAAUUAAACGCAGCCGGAGGGACUUAGUGGACAAAAGUGGACGACUUCCCUUGGAUGAAUCACUGAUCUAUGACAAUGAAGGCGACCAGGUAAAAAAUGGCACCAACAUGAAAACUCUGAGGCUAGACGUGGAGCCUGCAGCAGUCACAUCUCAUACAGGAUCAUCUGUUGGUGGAGCCCUGGCAUCAGUCACUGUGGUGGUGUUCAUCUUCCUGGCAUCUUGCUUCCUUUUCAAGAAAUGCCACAGAAAAGAGAAGAAAAAGACGCCAGUUCAUGAGUUAGCAGAGAUGUACCCGCUGAAUACUAAAGUAGAAGCCUGCAUAAGGAAUGUAGACCGUCUGGAGAAGAAUCUAAGCAGCAAGCACAAAAAUGUUAACAUUCUGAAUGUCAAUGAGGAGUCUUGUAAAAUUAAAGGAGUGAAGGUCAAGCAGGUUAACUUGGAGGUCAAAAUACACAAUAACUUACACGACGGCACAGAGGUUUGAUGUUCUAACCAUUUUUAAUGCCAAAAAUUGUAUUUUUAUAAAAAAAAUAUUGAAAAAGGGAAAAGUAGUGCAGUGGUCAGCUGUGCAUCAUAUGUUAUUUCACAACUGAGCUACCUCAUCUGUGCAAAUGACUAUCGUCCACGUAUCACCACUAUUUUCAUAGACGAUUAACCUUUUCUUGUUAUUGAUUUAAAAAUUAUUAGGGGUAUACCUUACUAAUAUCUUCCCAUGUAAAGAUAAUAUACACUAUAAUAAUGUAUUACAAAUCCUUCAACAAUGGCAAAGAUAGCUGUCAGCGUUUUUGAUAUGCAAUGCACUUUCUGAGGGACAAUAAUCCAAACUGCCUUGUUUUAAAUUUACUUCUUGUUUUCCCCAGUAGUUUUUCCAUAUAUUGCAAUUUUAUAUUUCAAAUAUUUGCAAUUCAGCCCAUUUUUAAGUGGUAAAACAUUUUCAGUGUGUCAGUAUCUCAUUUUAAUCUUUCUAACCUUAAUUUAAAAAAAAAAAUACACUCUUAAUUGUUUUAAAAAGCCAACUGAGGAAUCCAAAGUGUAAUCUUUUUUGGUAGUUCAGGCACAACUUGCUUUAUCAUCCCUGAAUAUUGAAUUUUGAAUGUGGUGUUUACUCUGAAUUUGUACAAUUAAAAUUCUAUCCGCCACAGUGGUGACGAGUAUUAAGCAUGCCGGAGUUGGAGGAGCAACUUGUACGGUGCAAUCUGACGCUAAGUCAUUAAGACUUAAAGAGCCCAGAAUGAACCCGACGCCAGCUAAUCAGGAGACCACAAAACACUUCAUGGAGUGUGGCGUCGUGUUACGUGUCGUGCUGCGUGUCAACACUCCAAAUGCCUCACUUGUAUGUCCGUUUUAUUCUUUUGUUAUACAGUAGUUGUAUUCUGAAGAACAGCCAUUGACGUGUGUGUGUGUGUGUGUGUGUGUGUGUGUGUUAGCAUCAUAAAUGUCAAUUAAGGCCAAAUUUUCAUUUUCUUAAAAAUUAUAACUCAAUAUUACUUGAGAAGUUUUUCAUUAUUUUUUAACCAAUCGUAUAUUUUUAAGAUGAUUCUUUUGUUUAGUAUGUAGUAUUUAUUUUUCCCAAGAGAAACUCGAGAUUGGAUUUAUAUUUUGAAUGUCUCAUUUCAAUGUAAUUUAAUGCUGACUAACAUUGUACUGUAUUUUUCACGUGUGGAUUAAUCACAUUAAUGACUUGCAAUAUGUAAUUCUUCAAUUACUGUAUUUUUAUAUGUUUUGUUUAAUAUUGUGGCACUGAAUGAGGAAUCCUAACAGGCACUGUUCAAUUUACUGUAUUGCUAACCACUGGAAGUCUGCCAUGUGGGUGCUGCCAUAGCACUGAUAUCUACUGUAUUACUUUCCUGCUUUUUUCUUUCACUUAUUAUUAUUAUUAUUAUUAUUAUUUACCACAAAGACACUCAACUGAAGAGCAGCAGAAUACAAGUUUGAAAAUGCAAAUAAUCUUCUGUGGUGCUGUUUUGGCCUGUAUUCAUUGCAACAGCCAAAUUGUGUUGCCGUGCUAGCCAAGUGAUAACUUUGAACUACUGAGUAAAGAAUGGGUUUUACUAAUAAACAGUAAUAAAUACAGAAAAAAAAAACACAGACCAUUUGACUUUGUUUUU